GUUUUCUUGCAUAUCGGCUGCAGUUCGACGCGUCGGAGAUGUCGUUACGCUUCAGGCGACCCAGCCGAAAGUCAUCGACCCCAUUCUUCCCUGGGGCAUGGCCUAGUACACCAGCGCAUGGGAAUGCAUCCGAUUCCUGCAUGGUCCACGCAGAAGAUAUCGAGGCACUGGGACAAAGCCAACGUUCCACAAGCAGCAGCAAUCGGCCAAAUGUCCCUAGUCCGGCACAUCUUGAACAUGUUGUCAAUUUCCAUCGACGUAUCUCUCAAUCUUAUGCCAACCUUGUUCGCUCGCCUAGGCAACCCAAUCCCUCUAAUUCGGUUACCUCUUCUCCUGCCAUACGAAGCCAUCCGACGUCCCCCGUGCUGAGUGAUGUAUCAACUACUGCCUCGGAUGGUAUACACACGCCAGAGGACUACCCUACGAAUUUCCCUCAGGGACCUUUCAUAACACAUAGCAAGGCAUCCCCCGACCAAUUCGGCCAAGCUCCUAGUCGACCUCCACGCCAUCCCAGUAGAACCUCCUCAGCCACCUAUGCUCAGACAGGGAGCACUCGAAAGCCUUUUGAUAGUCGACGGCUCUCUAUUCAGCUUGAUGCUCCACUAUUGAACUUUACGCCAGGUCUUCCUCCACUCGAUCUCCCUUCCCAUCAACUGGCUUUCUCACCGGAAUCCGUCAAUUCCUACUUCUCCACAGACAACGAGCGUGCAAGUGGUAUGGAUGUGGACUUCCCAGAGCCACCUUCAUAUUCUUCCUCAUCCUCUUCGUUAGCGAUAUCCGAAGGACGUUCAUCCCUGCCUCUACCUGGACUUGCCACUACAUUCUUCCCGGUCUCUGAGCACCAAACAACGGAAUGGGCAAGACCACCGGCCUCAUCCCUUUCAGGCUCCUCUGUCGGCCUUAGCACCGACUCACCGGUGCUCCCGUCUGACAACGGGCUAAGCCCAACCAGCGCAUACGAGGUCACUUCCCCCAACCAGCACCUCAGCCCUUCAAGUGCUGACAUGGAUGCCUUUGGGCUGGCUGCGACAAAUUCCCUGCUGCUGGAUUCGCGUUCCGUCUUGUCCAUUCCUACUUCGUUUCGAUCUACGUCUGCUCAAGGGUCUAUCUCUUUAGAUGAUACUGCCCAAGGACACGCUUGCAGACGAUCCUCUGUGUCUACCAGCUCGUUGUUAGAAUUAUCUUCGGAAGUAAAUGGCCAAGUGGUUAAUUAUCCUCUGGCACCAAAUCGAAGGAGUGGAGCUCCCUCUCCAUCACCUUCCUUGGUUUCUCGCAGCGAGGUGAACGCCAGAACUAGAACAGUGAGCGCGCAGGUUGUUGCAUUAGCAAAUACAGACAAACCAAAGAAGAAUCCAUAUAAGGGCGGCAAGCUGUUAUCCCUGAAUAAAGUCAAGCAAAUUGGUUCCCGCAUCAAGAACCUUUUCAAAGGAAAGGUCAAUCCUACGACUCCACGCGAUACGGUUUUUGGCGUCACAACCACUACGGCUACCGUAGAGUAUACCUCAGAACAUCCAAUUCCACGCCGCCGAUCGGUUAGCCGCAUUAUGAAUACACCACUUCUCACUCCAAGAUCGCACACGAGUCCCGUCUUCAUGUUUUCUUCUAAGAAACGCCGCCAGUCCAUGCCUGCAGGUGCAGGCUCGAUGCCAGAUGUAUCUCAACCUCGACCCCUUCGUCCAGUUUCUUUCCUUGCGAUGGAUAGCCGAAACCACAAUUCUUCACGACAUCUCCUUUCCACGCCGAGUGUUAUAGGGUUGACCAGGAAUGACGCCCAUCAGAAAUCUCAACCAAAGAAACAACAGCAUAGGCAAUCAGUCGUGUACGUCUCUCACCAUGACAAUAAGCGAGGCAUCGACAUCGAUUCAACCCGCUAUCCCCCACCUGUUCGUUCUCGCACGCGCACGCAGACGGCACCAGCCAGUAGUAAAGAUAAUGCACGCAGAAACUCUCGACGAUUUUCCUUAAGUUCCGCUCUCGGAGAUGCUAUUCGGACAACAGUAAUUCCGCACCCACCUCUUCCUCUUCCUCAGCAGGCAGAUCGCCAUGCAGUGUACGGACGUUUACAUCGUCGGAGCGCAAGUACCAGUGCUGGCGAUGCUUGGAAUGCCGCCAAGGCUCGUUCAGGACGCAACGUUGAGGUUUCCCCACCUGCAAGCCCCAAAGCACCGGAAGCAGAGCGAGUAGCCACGCAGGACUCUUCAGAUGAGCGUGCGGAUCCUAGGGACCGUAGCGGCGCUACAUUUGACUCAGGGCAUCUAGGCGACACGCUGAUGUACCAAGAGGCUAUUUUGUUGCCUGGGAACAGAGAAUACGGUGGUCGUUCUCGGUCGCAUACUCAGUCAACCAUUCAAGGUCCUAGUGGUCCGGCGAGCUCAGAAAUCAAAAGGAGAUCCCGAGGCUUUUCCCUCUCGUCUGCCAUAUCUAAACGCGCCCUGAAAGCGCGAAGUAUGAUUGUUGGGCGGAACGUGGAUGUUGCAGUUCCGGCUAUACCCCCUCAAUACGUGCAGACAGGUGGACUAACGACGUCUAUUAGUGGCAUAUCGUUUGAUAUGUUGACAUCUGGCACCGAUUCGUUGCGUUCCAGACGAGAAGAUGCCGGUUCUGGAUGUGCAGAGUACGACCCCAAUCUGGUUCUUGACAGGAUGAGCUUUGCUGAGACACCCGAGGUGUCAAGCACUGAGGCUAGCUGUACGAAUCUCUCGUUGAACCCAGGUCUUUCUACUUUGCACCCUAGCUUUUCGAGGGACGGGUAUUUCAGCGCAGAAUCAAGCUCUUCUAUUGCCUCGGAAGAAGAUACGCCUAUGCACGAGGACGUGGAGGAAAGGGAGUUCAUGCGAACUCUGGGUCUAGAAUUCGAUGCAAUUGUUGAACGUGCCAGGAGUGAAUAAAGUCGUAAGAAUCCUGCAGCGAAUGUACAGCAUCUUUUUUUCGUUUUUGUUUUUCAACGUCGUCCAUCAUUACCAUCAGGAUACUGUUGUUCUCAAGGCUUCCAAAUUUUGUUCGACCGGCGCAUGUAUAUACCAUGGGUACUUCCGUUAAUACCUUAUGUUCUAUCAAUUAAUUUCUAAUCAAAUCUUGGAGGAUUU